AUGGUGGGUCUCUGCAGCGCGACAGAGACGCACCCCUUCCCGCCGCCUCUUGCAACUUUCCGCCGAGCCGCGUUGUUUGGCAACGGGCACGACUCCCCACCAAUAGGAGCGCUCCGGCCGCCCAGCGUUCCACGGUUGCCUGGCAACCCUGGCCCGGGGACGUUCCACGGUUGCAGAGGCGGCUCCGCGCUGGGGCGCAGCGGAGGUAUGCGCGGCGCGGCCUCGGGGCCACGGGUGAGUCCUGAUCGCCCGGCUGGGCAGUAAUGCAGAGCCCCGAGCUGUCGUGAGUGACCCUCGGACAGAACCCGGAGCUCCCACCCGGCCCACACUUCCUCCUAAGGAGGAGCCCCGCAGGCAGAAACUUUUACUCCACUCCAUCGCGCAGGAGGAAAGAGCGAGACUCCCGCCCCAUCGCCCCCAUAAAGUUGAAAACACUAGUUCGUUGGGGAGCCCGGUUUAUACUUUUGCACAGAAGCCAUUUGACGGGGCUUUGCAAUAAGAACAUCGGAAGAGCUCUGCCAGCAACUUCAUUUCCUAGGAUUCUUUGGCAGCCUUCUUAAAGCUGCACGAUAUGGAGCCUUGUUUUAAACACCCGACUUUACUGAUAAUUUUAAUGUCUUAUUUCAUGUAGAGGUAUCAAUGAUUAAGCAGUACAUAAAUCCUGGUCAAUAAAAUAAAAAUAAACAAACCUGUCCCCCAGCACCUGGACGUUGGGUUUCUUUGCAGGGCCAAGGGAGCCUCCUUGCCCCUGUGGGCCCAGAUUCUUUGCCUUUUGUCCCCUUCCUAGGAGUGAUAAUAAUGUCUUCCGUUCCCGAGAGACCAGGACCUUGGGCGAAGGAUCAUUGUGAUUACCUGCUAGAUUCUAUUGAUGCUCAACUCAGCCAGCUCCAGGUAAGUAAGUAGGGAAUGGAUGGGCUUUUCUGGAGUUGUUUGUUGGGCAACGCUGGGUUUAUACAGCCCUGACUAAAAGAUACCCUGGAUUGCGAAGGGAGACUUUUCCAGGGUGAGACCUAUUAUCCAUGGCAGUCCUGGUGCUGUCCUGCUGUCCCGUGCACUUAGCUCAGUGGGUAGAGCAUCCACUUUGCUUGCAGAAGGUCCCAGCUUCAAUCCCUGGCUUCUCCAAGUAGGACUGGGAAUGUCCCUUUGCCUGAAAUCCUGGAGAGCUGCUGCCAGUCAGUGUAGACAGCAUUGAGCUAGAUGGACCAGCUGGUCUGACUCCAUAUUAGACCACCUUCUAUGAUGGCGAGGGGCCAUUGCUCAGUGGUAAGCAUCUGCUUUGCAUGCAGAAGGUCUCAGGUUCAAUCCCUGGCUGGGAAUAACCCUGGUCUGAAACCCUGGAGAGCUGCUGCCAGUCAGUGCAGACAACACUCAACAAGAUGGGCCGGUGGUCUCACACAGCAUAAAGCAUCUUCUUGCAUCGCUCCCUAUCCAAGACCAACAAAGGAAAUGUGUUUUUUCAUCUCCACCCCUAUGUUCAGGAACCCAGCGGAAUAAUCAAGGGCAGCAGUGACAGUGGGAAGGCUUCUCUCAAGAAAACUGCGGGCACUAAUGCCACAGCAGGUAAGACCUACCCUCUCCGCAGGCUGACCUUUAACCAUGUCCCAAGCCUCUUUUCCUCAGUCUUCCCUUCUGCAAACUGGGCACAAUUUACUUAUUGGUCUGCAUGUCUUAGAUGUAAGACUUAAGCCAGGGAGAGACCUGGUCACAAAUCCCCAUUCAGUGAUGAAGGCCAGCUUCCUUUCAGUCUAGUCUACGUCGCAUGGUUAGUUUGAGGAUAAAAUAGGAAAACCUUAUGAUUCACCAACUUCAGCUCUUGGGAGGAAGGGUGUGGGGUGGGAGGACAGUGUAUACGUAAGUAGUCUGGCCUGUGUCGGACAUUCAAAUUUGGAAAAUAAUCCAUUGGAACGCUAAAAUAAUCUACAUUGGAGGGAGGAGAAAAACCCCAUCACGUUGGAUUUUUCUGCUGCCAGGCCAGACAACAACACUGGUAGCUUGGAUCGGUGCCUUCUUCUGCCUCCCUGCUGCAAAGAGUUUCUGCAUCAGACAGAAUUGCCUUUCCUGACGAAGAUAAUCAUACCCUUUGAAUGAAGCAUUGUGCAUCAAUAAAUGGACGUUUCAUUUGUGGUCCUGAAUCUGUGGGGUUUUGGUCACUGGCUGUGCUCUGCUCCUUCGCCCGCUGGGCAAAUCUGAACCCAGGUUAGAUCGCCAAGUAAAUGAGCUCCAUCCAUCCUGUGGCCCUGGCAAGAUUUCCUGCCAGAUUGGAAACUUGCCUCCUUGCUAGCGCAGGUGCGCCAUCGUUGGGAGAGAUUUCGCAGGUAUGAAUUCUGAUCCAGGAGGAAGCUCACUGCUCUCUUCGUUUGCUUUCUCCUCCGUGCAGAUCUGGACGGAUGCUCUGGGGUCAGGGACAGAGAGGCCUCUCCGGGGGAAGACCCGUCCUCUUGGGAAGAGGAUUAUGCCUGGUGGCCGGUGCGUUUCCUCGACUUGGGGGCCGCCCUAGGAGACAGGAGCAGAUCGGACUCGGUUUGCACGGAAGACUUUGCGGCCAAGUUUAACGAGGUCCUGGUGGAUCCCCUGCCCGGCUCUGAAGAAGAGAACAGUGCCUUGGCUCUUGACUCGGGGUCUCUAAAACACGCUACUCGCGAUCCAGUUAAUACUUCUUCGCCUUUCGCGGACUAUGAAGCAGCCUCGGAUUGUCUCUCGGUAGAUUCAGCAAGAAAGCAAGGAAUCGCCCAGUUGCCUAAGGGAGGGUCUGAGAAGGAAUGGGACCAGGAGGAGGAGUUGGCUGGCAGUUCGAGAGAUGCUCCACCGUUGUGUAUUCCGCGCAGAAUUAAGAGCGCAGAGUCUCUAGGAGAGCAGAUCUCAUGGCUUAGUCAGAAGUGGUCCACGGAUGAGACAUGGAAGACAAGGGGCCUGAGCUCUGGGGAGGGGUCUCUGGGCUCGGAGAUCUCUCCGCGAAGCAUCUUCCUGGGGCCACAGCAGGAGCAAAGAGGUUCAGAGGACUCUUUUGAGUGGGUUCAGGAUGCUCACGAAAAUACAGAGAGCCCGUUGCUCCUUGAAGAUUUGAGGCCUUCCCAGCUGCUCCCAGCAUCUAACGUAAAAACUGUUUUGGAUGGUGGGUCCCCAUCUGUGGGGACAGCAGGAAGCGGCCACCCCGUGGAGCGGUCCAGCUGCCCAAGGGGUUCGUUGGAUGUGGCCUGCCCGUGCACCAUCAGAGCAUCUUUGGUACCCUCUAAUGAAGAGGAUGGAGGUGGAUCAAAAACCCCUUUGUGUCUUUAUCCACAGGGAGCCUGGGACUCUGGUAAAACACAGAGGCUGGCUCUGUCAAGGAUCGGCUUGGACAGUGGUGCCACUCGGGCUACUGUGUAUUCCCAUAAGGCUCCAGGCUCAGCCAAUGAUGGCUGUAUGGGAUGCAGGAAGGAAUGGAUCAUGGAUGCCCAUUGCACAGAUGGGCACAAUGAGGCUCUGGAAUCAAAGGAGUGUGAGUUGGAGCAGGAUCGUUCCCUUGCAUCAUUUAGGUUAGGGUUGGGGAGCCUGUGUCCCUCCAGAUAUAGUAGGACUCCAAAUCCCAUCAGACCCAACAGCUAGAAUGGUCAGGAAUGAUGGGAGUUGUAGUCCAACAACACCUGGCUGGCCAGGUAUUCCUCAGCCCUGAUUUGUGUGUGUGUUUUAAGGGUUCUGCCGUCUUUAUGCAUCCAACUUUUUGGAUCAGGUCACUCUGCCUUUUAACUAAGGGGGAAAACUGAGGCUGAAAGUGUUGGGUGACAUGACCAGCACCACAGAAUGUCUGUUGCAGACGAGGGACUUGAACUCGGGUCCGGCUGCGAUAAGAGCCAACAUUUUCAUGCUCUUUGUGUGCCCAAGAUUUAUGGUUCCAAUGAUGAUUUGAUAAGCUAGCUGCUGUUUUACAGUAAAUCCACAUUAGGGAUUUAUGUCUGUACUCUGGUGGAACGCUCUGCCUCAUGAGACCAAGCCCUGCAGGAUCUGAUUUCUUUCCGCAGGGCCUGUAAGACAGCGUUGUUCUGCCUGGCCUUUGGCUUGGAAUUAACUUGAUCUCCUCUCCCUCUUUCUUUUUUCCUUUUUCCUUCUGUGAUGGAACUCCUACUUGGGGACUUCCCUGGCCUUUUUCUGGCCCACGUAGGACCGGUCUGGAUAGUUAGCCUUGGUGAAGACUUGACGUUUUCAUCCCCCAAAAAGUUUUUGAGUUUCUGCUGAAAUGAGGCUGCAUUUUAAUGUUGUAUUUUAAUCUUGUUUUUAAGUUGUAUUUCAAUCAGUUGUUUUAUAUCUGGUGUUAGCUUCCCUGAGCCUGGUCUUGGCUGGGGAGGGCGGGGUAUAAAUAAAAUUUAUUAUUAUUAUUACUCUGCUGAUGCAAUAUUCCAGAACGGGUUUGGGGUUUUUUGCAGGAGAGAGAAGGUGUGAGGAUGCAUGCCUAAACUUUAGUUUGAGAGUGGAUUGGCAAAGUGACAUUGUCAUCUGGCUCCACUGGCAGUGGUUUGAGCAAAAGAAUCUGCUGUAUUGAUCUUGAAGAGGAAACGUUGGAGUAAAUACAGUACACCUUCUGCUGUGAUGUUUAUAUUCCACCAUUCCUGCAAGCAGCUCUCAAGCUGGCGUAGAUGGCUCAAGCCCCUCCAUUUUAUCCUCACAACAAGCCUGUAGAGUAGGCUGAGGCACAGUGACUGGCCCAAAGUCACCCAGUGGGUUUCGUGGGUGUUUGAAGAUUAUUGAACAUGGGUCUCCCAGGGCCUCAUCCGACACCCUAGCCCAAGAGUGCAGGCUCCACAGCCCUCCACAUCUGGCUGGACUGCAUUUGCCAUCCCUCUGACCAUUAUCCAUACCGGCUAGAGCUGAUGGGAGUUCAGCAACAGCCAGAAGCCCCCAGGGUGCUCACUCAUGCUCUGACCACUGCACUGUACUACUCUGGGUGAAUUAAUCCUCUGAAAAGAGAGAGAGAGCCUCUCUUAGGACUCUCAUGGCCAGGCCACUUUGAAACUUCUCUGACGUUUUUCCUUUUGGUCCUCUCUUUAGGUGGCAGUUUGGGCUCUCAGCACCAUGAUCCUCAGUCUGAGCUGAACCAGGGCUGGAUGGAGCCCUUUCAGGGCAAACGUUUGGCAGGUGAGGUUACUCGGAGCCAGGAAGGGCUGUGUCAGUAUUUGCAUUAGCGGAAAAUGCUGGAUUUAGGGCUGGGGAAUCCAGGGUGGCGCUUUUCCUCUCCCCGUUGUGUCUGAAAACCUGGGAUCAAGUGCUUUUCUUGUCUUCUAAAUAGCCACCAGCCUCAGUGUCAAGAAGAGCCUCUUGCCGCCGCAGCGGGAUUUGCUGAGGUAAAUAUUGAUGAGCCUUGGACUGUUGAGAUAAAGAUGGCCAAAUAUGUCCAUUUUUGGGUCUUUCUCAGUUUUUCCUGCCUCAAGUUCAGUUCUUCCCAAUUCCACAUCUUGUGAACCUGAACUUUCACUUUGUUAAAUUGUUUCUUCUGGAGAAUAAGGCACUAGCCCUCAUGGUGGCGAAAGCCUAUGGGCGAUGCCUGCUGGAAUCACAAAAGGUAGGGAGGUGACUGGAUAAGUUGCUGGCAGCCGAGGACAGGAGGACUUCAGUAUCCCUGCUCCUCCUGUGAGCUAGCAAAACCUUAAUAAAGUAUGCAAAUGUGUGCACAAUUUGCAUGAUUCACGCAGGUCACAGAAUCCGCCUUUUCUCAAUGCAGGAAUUUAAACGGUGUGCUUAAAUAAAGCAUGGAGUAAACAAGUCCUGCCUAUAUAACCUUUCAGGCAAUAGGAAAUAAGGUGGCAUUUAUUAAGCAUCCUUGCAAUGCAUGCUGGCCAGGAAUGUAUGUCCAUCUUAGCUGCUGGGCCCAAAUCCUCCCACCUGGGGUUCUGAGCUCUGGAUAAAUCACACAACAAAUGCUGUGGCCCUUAAUUCUGCUGUCCCUCUCUGGUGUGCUUUCUGGGGGAAGGCAGCAAGGUGAUCACAGUGCUCUUUGCUCUUGUGGUGCAGUGGUUAAGAGCGGUAGACUCGUAAUCUGGGGAACCGGGUUCGCUUCCCCGCUCCUCCACAUGCAGCUGCUGGGUAACCUUGGGCCAGUCACACUUCUCUGAAGUCUUUCAGCCCCACUCACCUCACAGAGUGUUUGUUGUGGGGGAGGAAGGGAAAGGAGAAUGUUAGCCGCUUUGAGGCUCCUUCGGGUAGUGAUAAAGCGGGAUAUCAAAUCCAAACUACUCUUCUUCUUCUUCUUCUUCUCCUCCUCCUCCUCCUCCUCCUUCUCCUGUGGCCUUUCAGGUCCCCCGGUUGCAGUGAUGGAGGCAGCAAAGAGGAAGACGAGGAGUUUGCCAGGUUAUGCAGGGCCAGCGAGUCGUGGAAGUGGGAUGCGAGCAGAGGAUCAGAACCCAGUGGGAAGAGAGCUGAGCUGGGAGGCUACAGAAACCUCGAGGUAACUCCUGGUGGAUGCAGAACAUCACAAAAGUCAGAGGUGGAAGGGGCUCUCUACUGAGGUAUGUGCAGCUGGGAAGGGACAGGUGUGGCGGAAAAUUUGGCUUUGCUGGACAGAUUGGAACAAUAAAUGUUUAUUUUUUCUUUCUUCCCCUGCCAGCAAAUGGUUAAUGAACGGCAGCCUCUGAUUGGCCGUGGUUCCAGGAGGGAGAGUUUAAAAGGAGAGGAUUUGAGGAGAGACAGUUAAGGGAUUAGGAGUUAAGGGAUUAAGAGGGAUGGAAAUGAGGGAGGCAGGUUAGGAGACAGGUUGAGGUAUAAAGAGUGAAUGGGAGAAAGAGUUGGUUCUGGAAAAUCAACUUCCACUCUGAGCAUAUUGUGAAGGACAGAGUGUGGUGUCCUGUAGAAGGAAUAGACUGGAAUUUUACUGGGAGGCAGAGGUUGAGCCAGGAAAAAUAGGAGCUGGAAAGGAACAAGUAGGGACUCAAAUCUAGUCUGGAGGGGAGAAAUUCUUUUAAGGAAAAGAAGAAACUCCCAAACCCAGUGAAGGAAGGGGGUGUGGAGAGCCCUUUGGUCUAUUACUUAAAUUACCUCAGGAGCAGGAUUGUUAAAUGGGGUGGAUAACUGAAAGAACGUGUCACCGUAUAAAGGAACCAAACCUAUCACACAAAAACAGCUGAGGAUGAAUUGACAUGAAAUCGCACUAUGUUCCUGAAGUAACCUAAGUUUAAUCCAUUUUGUGUUGUAUACUAUCUUGCCUUAAAUAAAUCUUUGUUGUUUAUUUAAAGAAGACCUGUCUGAGACUCCAACUUACUAGUUAUCACAAAAGUCCUCUGCAGGAUACUCUGGUCUAGAAUUCUAAAAGGGAAGGAAAAGAAAAAUUUGAAAGAAAUCUCGAUGAAAUUGUUAAAGAAAAGAGUAAAUUAUAAAUAUUUGACGGGUGCACUGAGAUAUAACAAAAUCCCUUAUCGCUGAGAAUAUCCUGAAGGAGUAUCUUUUACAAAUAAAGGAAGAAAACAAAGGUGUCGGGAUCCCAAUGAAGCAGGCAAAUUCUGGAGAAAAUAUGGAAAAGAAUUAGCAGGAGAAAGGGCAUUUGGUUUGGAAGAAGAAGAAUCAACAGAGGUUGAGACGGGAGACAAAUAAAUGAAGAACAAGAUGGUGUUGAAAAUCUUAACUUGGAAUGUAAAUGGACAAUAAUAAAACCAAAAGGAACAAGAUUGAACAUGUGGUUAAAAAAGUUAAAUUUGGAAGUGAUUUGCUUCCAGGAAAUACACGUUUCGAAGAAUCAAAAGGGUUUUGAUUAAUAAAAGAUUGGGAAAGGACUUUGUAGCCUGUGAUGUAACAAAGAAGAGAGGAGUGGUAAUGUAUAUAAAACCCAAACUGGAUCCACAGCAACUAUUUAAAGACGAGCAAGGAAGAAUAUUGAUAACUCAGAUAACAUCACAAGGAGAAAAAAAUAUUGCUAAUAGGUGUGAUGAUAAAAAAUCAAUUUAAGGAACCGCAGAAAGAGGAGGAAGGAAGUCGAGUUUUGAAAUGUUAAAAUGAGGGCGCUGAGUUGGAUAAGACUGCAAAGUACGGACAAAGGUGUGAUCAAAAGAAACCCAACAUUUAGGGCGGGAUUUAUGGGUUUGUUUGCUUUUUGUAGGACAGGCAAACGGGCUUAAAAACAAUAAUGAUAAAAGCCUUUGUUCGACAGGAGUUGGAAUCGGAAGAAGAAAAAUUAUUGCAGAAAAGGGCCCAGAUCCGCGAAGCUGACGUGUCCCUGCAGAGUGUCCUCCAGCAGAAAAAGGUACAGAGCCAAAACUCUAGUGGGAGGGAGUCCCACAGGCAAAGGACGUGGUCUAGCCACUGUACAGCCUGCUCUAAACUACCCUUGACCUGGAGGGGGACGGCAGAGGAGCAGAACCCACGACUUUCCUCCUCUUUCUAGCAUGUCGCUCUGGAGCUGGAGACUUUUCGGGAGGCCCUGGAGAAGAGCCAGAGGGAGGCGAGGAGGCUGCAGCUGAUCAUGGAAGAGAAGCGGAGCCAAGUGGAUGAGGCCAGGUGUGUGGGGCAGGGGUGGCUAGGGCAGGGCCGUAGGUAAUGGGGUCGGGUCUAGCUAGGGUCUCAGACCCGGGUGGGGAACCAUUGACUCCCCAAAACACCUCAGUGAUCACGCAGAGGUGUAAGGAGUCAGCAUCAGCAAGGGACCACGAGGGUCAUCCGGCCUCUGCAAUGCAGGAAUCUUCUUGUUCUUUCAGUUGUUAUGAUUAUCCUGGCCAUUACAGUGGUACCUUGGUUUUCAAAUAUAAUCUGUUCCGGAAGUCUGUUCCAAAACCAAAGCGUUCCAAAACCAAGGGGCACUUUCCCAUAGAAAGUAGUGCAAAACAGAUUAAUCUGUUCCAGACUUUUAAAAACAAUCCCUGAAACAGCAAUUUAACAUGAUUUUUACUAUCUAACGAGACCAUUGAUCCAUAAAAUGAAAGCAAUAAUCAAUGUACUGUACUAUAAAAUAAAUAACACAGUAUUGUAGAUGAUUAAAAUUAAAAAAAAAUAUUACCUGCACUAAUGAUAGUCAUGGGGGGCUUUUAUCCAUUUCCACAGUCAAUCAGUCAACCAAUCAAUCAAUCAAUCAAUCAAUCAGUAGCUGAACUAGGAUCCACAUAGUCGCAAAAACAAAUUAACUGAAAAAGCCUCAAAACAAAAAACGCAAAACAAAUAGCAAAAACAAAAGCACCAAAUAUAAGCUCCAAUUAUCACCUCAGAACACUGCGAUUGGAAAUGGAAGACUUGAACUACUGUGCGGGGGGGAGGGGACACAAAUUAGAAGUGCAACAGGAAACAGGGGGACUCAUAACGGAGCACGUUUGGCUUCUGAAAAGGAAUUCGAAAACCGGAACACCUCCUUCCGGUUUUGCAGCGUUUGGGUUCCAAGUUGUUUGUGAACUAAGCUGUUCGAAAACCCAGGUACCACUGUAUUGAUUUCCUAUGUAGCGAUUUCACAAUAAAAGCCCUAUACGAGACAGUUGCAUCUGUGAAAAUGCAGUGGCACAGAUAUCAAAAUAAGAAAUCAUUAUGGAGGUACUUCAGAAUGCUGAGCCCAGCACCCUUUCCUCCUCUGCUGCUGACCUGAGGCCACAAGGUCCUUCUCCCUCCCCGUCUCUCCUUCCCAUUUCCGUCGCCUGACCUGCUGCUCUCUGUGAUUCAGGGCUGAUCUGUUACUCCUGGAGUACAAGCGGGAAGCCUGCCUGAGGGACCUGCUGGCGCUGGAGCAGGAGCUGAGCGUGCUGAGGAGCCAGAGGAGCCAGCAUGGGGCUGCCCAGGCAGACGUGAGUAGCAAGGGUUGCAAAGCCUUUGGUGGGAUCUCUUCCAUCGGCAUCAAGCAAAGACACAACUCAAGUAUUUGGACUGCCCUUCACAGAAAUCUCAAUAAUAAUAAUAAUAAUAAUAAAUUUUAUUUAUACCCCGCCCUCCCCAGCAUUUUUGGGGGAUGAAAACGUCAAAUCUUCACCAAGGCCAACUAUCCAGACUGGUCCUACCAGCUCCCAUCAGCUCUAGCCGGUAUGGAUAAUGGUCAGAAGGAUGGCAAAUGCAGUCCAGCCAGAUGUGGAGGGCUGUGGAGCCUGCACUCUUGGGCUAGGGUGUCGGAUGAGGCCCUGGGAGACCCAUGUUCAAUAAUCUUCAAACACCCACGAAACCCACUGGGUGACUUUGGGCCAGUCACUGUGCCUCAGCCUACUCUACAGGGUUGUUGUGAGGAUAAAAUGGAGGGGAUUGAGCCAUCUACGCCAGCUUGAGAGCUGCUUGCAGGAAUGGUGGAAUAUAAACAUCACAAGAGAAGGUGUACUGUAUUUACUCCAACGUUUCCUCUUCAAGAUCAAUACAGCAGAUUCUUUUGCUCAAACCACUGCCAGUGGGGCCAGAUGACAAUGUCACUUUGCCAAUCCACUCUCAAACUAAAGUUUAGGCAUGCAUCCUUACACCUUCUCUCCCCUGCAAAAAACCCCAAACCCGUUCUGGAAUAUUGCAUCAGCAGAGUAAUAAUAAUAAAAAAAUUUAUUUAUACCCCGCCCUCCCCAGCCAAGACCGGGCUCAGGGCAGCUAACACUGGUAUAAAAUCAAUUGAUUGAAAUACAACUUGAAAAUAAGAUUAAAAUACAACAUUAAAAUGCAGCCUCAUUUCAGCAGAAACUCAAAAACUCUUUUGGGGAUGAAAGCGUCAAAUCUUCCCCAAGGCCAACUAUCCAGACUGGUCCUACGUGGGCCAGAAAAAAGCCAGGGAAGUCCCCAAAUAGGAGUUCCAUCACAGAAGAAGAGUGAGGGUUAAGAAGCUUUCUUCCAGCUUGAGGGCCGUGCUUCUUCAAGGGCAACUUUCUGGAGGGGGCCUGAUGCCACUGGGGCGGGGCCAAAGGCAAAACUGGGGGGAGCCAUGGCUGUGCCCGUACCUGUUCCGCAGUGUGCGGCAGCCAUGCAGACGUUUCUGCGCAUGCCAUUCUCAAUGCAAGCAAACAAGAGCAUCGUUGGUACACUUGCCCGUUUGGUACACUUGCCAGGGUGUUGGUACACUUGCCAGUGUGGUGUAGUGGUUAAGAGCGGUAGACUCGUAAUCUGGUGAACCGGGUUCGAUUACCCACUCCUCCACAUGCAGCUGCUGGGUGACCUUGGGCUAGUCAGCCCCACUCACCUCACAGAGUGUUUGUUGUGGGGGAGGAAGGGAAAGGAGAAUGUUAGCCGCUUUGAGACUCCUUCGGGUAGUGAUAAAGCGGGAUAUCAAAUCCAAACUCUUCUUCUUCUUCCUGCUGCUGUAAUGCUCCUUCAGCAGGGAGUGUUUUCCAUCUUCCUCUUCUUCUUUGGUGAUCACUCGUAGCCGAGUAAGAUUGUCUUGCAUAAACACGGUUUUAACAGUGAGUCCAUAAGUGACUGUGGAGGCCUAUUCUGGAUCCACAUGUCCUUCCACAGUGGGGACAUAGGUUUCCGGGCAGGAGUUGAUCACGUUGUGGAUUUGCCAAGCAUGCCUUCCUCUUAGCAGGUUUCUCCCUUGCGUCCUGAGUUCAAGUGUCUUCAAAGCCCAUGACACCUUUGGUAAAGGCUGCUCUCCAACUGGAGCGCUCGCAGGCCAGUGUUUCCCAGUUGUUGGUGUUUAUACUACAUUUUUCUAGAUUUUCCUUGAGAGAGUCUUUGAACCUCUGUUGUCGACCACCCACAUUACGCUUACCAUUUUAAAGUUCUGAGUAGCAUAGUUGGUUCAGAAGACGAUAAUCAGGCAUCCGCACAACAUGAACAGUCCAACGAAGUUGAGGUUGGAGAAUCAUUGCUUCGACACCCGGUGUGUGUUCCAUAAGCCCAGUUUCACCAGUGAGAAAGCCGUCUCCUGCAUUGCCACAAGCUGACAACCAUCAGGCUGUGGGAAGGCUGGCCGGUUUGUGGACCUGAAUGCUGAAUUCAGCAGGCAACGGGCCUCUUGAACUCCUGCUGUCUCCUCCAACAGGUGUCUCGGUUAGCCGCUGAGAGGGAAGAGCUGAAGUUCCAGGUGAGCCAACUGGAAGGCAAGCUGUCUUCCUUGAAGCAUCAGCUGAAGUCCUCCAGAGUAGAGCUGGCCUCUGUGAAGGAAACCUCAGGGGAUGGAGCAGGACCACUGCAGGAGGUAGGAAUGCUAGGCAGACUCUGGGCUCAUGCCACUGGACCUUGGCAGCCAUCUUUGAGGCCCAGUCACCAGGGUUGCUAAGCUAGGUUUGCCAUACGUUGGAAUUUCCCAGGCAUAUUCAGAAUAUCCAGUCGGAAGCAGUAUUUCCAGGCGGAAAUCGCAAAAAUGUCCGGUGAAAUCUGGAGGUAUGGAAACCUAUGUGGGACAUGUCGUUUUGGGCAAUUUUCCUUAAAAAUAGCCCAAAACAAAAUGGUCGCAACAGGAGCGGGAAACCUGAUUUUUUUAAAAAGAACUUGUAUUAAAUUUAAGUAAUUUGGUUUGAUUUGUAAUAAUUUGGAAAACUAAUAAAAAUAAAUUGAAGAAAAAUUAGCUCAAAGACUUUGAGCUUUUUUUGGCAAAGCUGUUGAGCUUUUCUUUUCGGGGGGAGGGGGACUAUUUUGAGCUAUUUUAAGGGAAAUUUGCCCAAAAAAAUCAACACUUCUGACAUGGGUUGCCAUACAAACGGGUUUUCCCAGGCAUUUUUUGCGGUUUUCAGAAAUUCCUCCCGGACGCUAUUUCCAACGGACAAAUCCUGGAUAUAUCUGGGAAAUCCCGGGCGUACGGCAGCCCUGUGGUUGGCUGUGCAUCCGGGGAAGGGCGGCAGCUGCGUAAAUUCCCCCCAGAUCUUACCUGCCACGUGUCAAUCUUCCCAGGGGUCUUCUGCACCAGCUUUGCAGCCUGCUCACACCAAGAAAGGCCACUGUUGUGUGACUUCCUCCAAGCACAGGUUGCUCCAGGGGCCAGCGAGGCCGGCGUGCGGCGGGUGCAGGGGCUGGAGCGGAGGAUCUCGGCUCUGCAGGCAAGCCUCGGGGAGAAGGAGCAGGAGCUCUCGAAGCUGCGCCAGACUGUCUCUGCCCUGGAGGCUGAAAAGGUGUCUUGGAGCAUCGCUGCGGAGAGCCUGGCAGAAGAGCUCAAGAAGCAGCUGGACUUGUUGCGGCAACAGAAGGUGGCUUUUUUUUGCGGGGCGGGAUUUGCAACUGUGUGCGUGGCGACUUUGUCGCUCGGUCGAACUAAGGAACUCCCUGCUGCAGGGGUAGGGGUGGCCCCAACUGGGGUGGCUUUAAAAAAAGGAUCGGACUAAUUCAAGGAGAAGAGGUCAAUCGAUGGCUACUAGCCACAAUGGCUGCGCUUUGACCCCAUGGCCAGAGGCAGCAAUGCUUCUGAAUGCCAGUGGCUGGAAGCUGCAGGAGGGAAGAGGGCUCUUGUGCUCAGGUCCAGCUUGUGUGUUUCCCAGAAGAUGCAUCUGAUUGGCCGCUGUGAGAUGAGGAUGCUGGACUAGAUGGGCCAUUGGUCUGAUGCAGCUGCCAGGCUCCUUUUUGGUUCUAAUGUACAGUGGUACCUUGGUUCUCAAACUCAAUCCGUUCCGGAAGUCCGUUUCAAAACCAAAGCAUUCCAAAACCAAGGCGCGCUUUGCCAUAGAAAGCAAUGCAAAACGGAUUAAUCCGAACCUGAUCCAAAACACCCACCCACCCCACUCACAUAUGAAAACAAAGAUCACCACAGCCAACCACAAAUGAACAACCACACCCUAGGCCAACCCCAACCUCUCUCAUCUCCAAAGGAACACAAGUGAACAGCAGAGAACCUGCACAAGCAACGCUGACACCAAACUCUACAUAUAGUAAGUAAAAUAGAAACAUCGCCACCCGACCCCACCCCCACCCAUCUUCCCCCCCGCUCUACCUCUUUCUCCCUUUUCUUCCUAAUGUCUCAACAAAUGAAACUGAUUUGUAAAAAUGUUACAUGGUAAAAAUACAAGAGAGAGACAUUACACAUACUUUUGUAAAUCAAGAAAAUCUUUAAUAAAAAUACAUUAAAAAACAAACAAACAGAUUAAUCCAUUCCAGACUUUUAAAAACAACCCCUAAAACAGCAAUUUAACAUGAAUUUCACUAUCUAACGAGACCAUUGGUCUAUAAAAUGAAAGCAAUGAUCAACGUACUGUGCUAUAAAAUAAAUAAGACAGUAUUGUACAUGAUAAAAAUUAAAAUUAUUAUUUUCUUACUUGCACUGAUGAUAGUUGUUGUUUGGAUGGGGGGCUUUUAUCCAUUUCCGCAGUCACACAAUCAAUCAGUAUCUGAACUGGGUUCCACACAGUCACACAAAAAAAGAAAUGAAACGAAAACGCCUCAAAAACACAAAAUAAAUAGCAAAACCAAAGCGCCAAACUUAAUCUGUUCCGGAAGUCGGUUUGACUUCUGAAAUGUUCGAAAACCAAGGCGCAGCUUCUGAUUGGCGCAGGUUCCCCGGAAACAUAGCUGACAGCCGCAUCGGAUGUUCGGCUUCCGAAAAACGUUUGAAAACUGGAACACUUGCUUCCGGGUUUUCGGCAUUUGAGAGCCAAGGCGUUUGAGACCCAAGGUACCACUGUAGAUGCAAAAGGGCGGUGUCAGGGAACUGACAUCAGAGCGGGAGGCGAAGGGGAGGCUCCUAGAUGAUGCUGGAGAAGGACCCAGCAGUAGGGGGAGAAGCAGCUCAGUGGAGGGGGAAGCAUUUAAGCGCAACACCAGGAACAAAAGUGGGCAGAUGGGGAAAUCGGAGAGAGGGCUCACGGACUCUUCACUGGAACUCAGUGAGGAGGGGACAGGUCCUCCGCUACCUACGCCCUCCCUGCGCAGAAGGCUCCCGCGCAGUGAGAGGAGGAGGAGACUGGGUGUCAAACAACUCUUAUGUUGGAAGAGAUUCAAGAAACGCCCACUGACGGAUUCUGCUAGUGACUGAGACAGUCAUGAUGAGAAAGGGCUGUGCAGUCAGAAAGGUUUAACAAGGCAAAUUAGCCUAGAGAGGCACCAGUUUACGCACGAGUAACUCAUACUCAUCACAGGCGGUACCACCACAUGUGUGUUAGGGAACCCCUCACUAGACAGCUGUGAAGACAUCUUUUCUGCCCACCUGCAGGAAGAAGAACUUACUCAGCUGCAGGAAGAGCUGGAGGGCAAAAAGCAGCAGGCCCUGCGAGAGGUAGGCAUGGCAGCUCCCCUUGGCAACAUCCCCGCGAGAAUUCCCCUUUCUCGAGCCCCACUGCAUGGAGGAAACGGGCUUAGCUUCACUGCCUUAGCUGUAAUUUGGGUUUGGUGUGGUUCGUGGCUGCAACCAUGAAACCCAAAUCCUGCCUUUGGAUUAAGCCGUUUUAAUUGUUAUUUUAUUUAACACAGGUUGUAAAUAGCACUUGGUUUAUUAAAAAAAACAAAAAACCAUUAAAAUUCUCCACAAAUUACAAAGUUAAAAACAGACAUUUAAGCAUUUUGAAAUAUAAUUAAAACCAGCAGCUGCCUGUUUGUAUUGUGCAACAUCUUUGGUAUCGCCAGGAGGUGUUUGGGGGCGGUUCAUUGUAGGCUGAGAGUCGUGCCCAGAGUUUUUCUCUACAGUCCUUAGAGCUAGGAAGUUGCUUUUGCUUCUUAUUUUCUGCAAAAAAUAAAUUUGGCUUCCCCACCCCCUGGUAAGUUGUGGGCGAACAUAUCAGACGACACAGCGAUUCUUCCAAAGCAGCUCUUUAUUUGUAAGCUGGAACAGAACUGAACUGAGGAGCUCAGUCAGCCUGCUUAUAUAGAGCUCCAGAACAACGUAACUGUUGCAACUUUCUAAAACUAUCCAAUCACUGAACGUCACUUUCGAUCCUUCAUUUGCAUAACUAUCUACAGUAUCCUCCUGCUGGCCCAGGGUGAGAACUUCAGUACAUAACACCCCCCAAGUGCCAAAUGCUGCAUACAGCAUGAAUUUGCUGGCCCCACUACUGCCUUUGCUAACCAUCUUUUUGUGGGUGCUGCUGGGGGGAAGAGCAGGGCAUCUGUUGGACUUGUUCCAUAUUUGCCAUUGGGUCCCCGGAGCACAGAUUCACACAAAGUGGCAAUCAACCUUGCGGGAUUCAAAAGGAUUUAUUUGAAAUGCAUAUGCAGGACAAAGGCACAGCGCGAUAAGCUGGCAAUCUGCACACCCAGUUCUGAGCGUGCCAGCUUUUUAUACCCCUUAGAAUGCAUAGACACAUGUUCACAUGUAUAUAAUAAGAUAUAGUUUUGUUUCUUGUGUUACCUUCCUCCUUUUCAGUUCGCCUCCUCCUUUUCAGCCUCCCUCUGGGGUUACAAUAACACCCAUUCAACCUUGCUCUUAUCUCUACCCUCCUAGGCCAGACAUUCCAGAGAGAGAGGCCCAUUUUCACUGUAACAUCUAAGCAAGAAGAAAAAGCCUUGUUCUUCUGGCUGGUGUAAAAACCUCCCUCCUCCCUUUAAGGAAGGUGAUUUGGGGAUAAUAUAUGAGAGAGGGGAAAAUGCCUCAAACAGUUUUUGGGAUCAUAUAUAGAACAAUAUUCUAAUGGCCCUUCACAUCUGCUUGGCUUGCAGAAGGUUCCAGGUUCCAUUCCUGGCAGUUUCCCCUGUCCAAAACCCUGGAGAGCUGCUGCUGGUCAGUGUAGACAGCACUGGACUAGACAGGCUAAUGGUCUGACUCAGUGUAAGGCAGCUUCUGAUUUUAAUCAUCCCUUUAAUUCAGAACUUUGAGGACUGGGAACUUAUUUUAUUUUGAAGGAAGGGCUGUAGCCCAGUGACAGAGUACCUGCUUUGCAUGCAGAAGGUCCCGGGUUCGAUAUCCAGCAUAUUCAGGGAAGAUUGGGAAAGACUCUCUGCCUGAAAAUCUAGAGAGUGGCUGGCAGCCAGUGUAGGCACUACUGAGUUAAUUGGAUUAAUGGUUUGACUCAGUAUAAACCCCCAUCGUUAAGCCAGCUCCGAGGGCCUUCUGGCGGUUCCCUCACUGUGAGAAGUUACAGGAAACCAGGCAGAGGGCCUUCUCAGUAGUGGCACCCUCCCAUCAGAUAUCAAGGAGAUAAACAACUACCUGACUUUUAGAAGACAUCUGAAGGCAACCCUGUUUAGGGAAGUUUUAAAUGUUUGAUGUUGUAUUUUGUUUUAAUUUGUUGGAAGCCACCCAGAGUGGCAUAUUUUUAUUAUUAUUUCUCGUUGUUGUUGUUGUUUUGGAUCUGAUUUCUUUCCGCAGGGCCUGUAAGACAGAGUUGUUCCGCCUGGCCUUUGGCUUGGAAUUAACUUGAUCCCCUCCCCCUUUUUUCCUUUCUCCUUCUGUGAUGGAACUCCUAUUUGGGGACUUCCCUGGCUUUUUUCUGGCCCACGUAGGACCAGUCUGGAUAGUUAGCCUUGGUGAAGACUUGACGUUUUCAUCCCCCCAAAAGUUUUUGAUUUGAGUUUCUACUGAAAUGAGCCUGCAUUUUAAUGUUGUAUUUUACUCUUGUUUUUAAAGUUGUAUUUCAAUCAAUUGUUUUUAUAUCUGGUGUUAGCCACCCUGGGGAGGGCAGGGUAUAAAUAUUAUAUUAUUAUUAUUAUUAUUAUUAUUAUUAUUUAUUAUUAUUAUUUGCAGUGGCUCUUUGAGUGACCAAAAGCAGUGUGAAAUGUGGCAUGUUCUAACUGAUUUCCCCCUUUCUCUCUCUCUUAGCUUGCAGAGAGCCUGAAGCAGGCAAAAGCCAGAGCCCUCCAGGAGCAAGCGGCCAAAUUUCAGAAAGAAGCAGAAGACCUUCGCAAGACCAUAAAGGUGGCUAUUACCCACGAUGCCUUGAGGCAUGGGCUGCUGCUGGGCUGCUCUUGCGCUAGCAAUAACAUUUGUAUCCCAACCUUUUUCCCUCAAGGGGUUAAUUUGGAAGUUUGGUGGGGUGUCUUCCCUUUUAACCCCACACCAUAAGCCUGACUUGGUCCAAACUGGAUUCUUGGGUUCUUAAGGCAGGGGUGGAGAACUGCAGGCCCAGAGACCCAAUGUGGCCCCUCACACCUAUUCAUCUGGCCCUCAGGUCAAGCCAUCUGGCCCCGCCCACUUUUGCUCUGGCCCCGCCUACCACUCACAAGCAGCACCCAGAAGAUUGCUCACAUGGCAAUGCGUCUCUCAGGCCGGCAAUGACUUCUCGACCCUGUCCUAAGUUUAACCGCCGUUCUGGUUUAAUUCUGUGGGCUUUUCCCGCUCUGAGACCCCACAGCUAAUUCUCCCCUGGCCUCCUCGCUGGCCCAAGUAGGACUAAUUCAGCCAGCUAGUCCUGGUGAUUAUCUAAUGCUUAUUAGAUGGAUUUCCCCUAAAUUGAUUUCUGAACUUUGAAUUUUAUUGUUAUUCAUGUUUUUAUACUGUAUUUAUGCUGCUUUUACAAUUAAGUGUUUUAAAUUUGUUGUUAGCCACCCUGAACCUGGUUUUUGAACCAGGGAGGGCGGGGUAUAAAUAAAAAAUUAUUAUUAUUAUUAUUUUCCGCUUUCUUCCCAGGAGCGAAAUGCUGAAAUUGCCCAGCAGCGGAAAGCUAUGGAACAGCAAGCCAAGGAGCUAAAGCAGGAAGCUCAGGAAAUGGUAGGGGUACAUUAUUAUUAUUAUUAUUAUUAUUAUGCAUUUAUAGCCCAUUCUUCCUCCUUAUGGCAAACAGAUUUUAAAAUAGAAAGGAAGCAAGAACAUUUCAAAACAGUUUGAAACAUUUGAAAAACAACUACAGUUCAAAUAUUCCAAAACAUCUAACGCAUUUCUUAACUGUCUUUUGGGCAAAAAUCCACAUUGUUGAUGGUGAAUAAAGUCCUGCAGUUUAAUGUUUUAGCUUCGAUUUUUUAAAAAAGGGUGCUGAGAGUUGUUAGGAGAGGCCCUCUGUUCCCUUCACAGAACUGCAAUUCCCCAGAGUUCCCUGGGAAGAGGGAGCGAUGGCGAAAACUGCUCUGGGGAUCAUAGCUCUACCCUGUUCUUCUCAGGCUCAGAACUCGCUGCUCCAGGAACGGAAGAGCCGGGAGGCCGAGACGAGGGCUGCCCUCCAGAUGCAGCGCAAGGCCCUGGAGGAGCAGGAGCGGAAGAUGCGGGGGGAACUCCAGGAAGCCCUGGAGAAGGAGAGGAAACUCAGCCUGGCCUUGCGGGAUGAAGCAGCCGACCUCCGCAAGGUAGCUGUUGAGAGAGGAGAGCGAUUCUGUGAUCUCUGUGACACAUAGCUGUCAACUUACAGAUUUGAAAAUAAGGGACCAGCAGCCUCGAAAAUAAGGGAUCAGCAACCAAAAUAAGGGAUUUUGCUUAGCUUAUGCACAUUGGGGCUGCCGUCGUCCUGGUGCGAGGAGUUCCAUCGACCCUUCCCUGCCCGAGAGAGAAGGAGGGAGGGAGAGAGACUCUCGCCCGUGAGCCCGGCAUGAGGUGGUUGCGGUGCAGCCACUGAAGCGCCGCCCUUCUGCGUCCCUCCCCAUCCCCUCCUCUUCCUCCUCCCUCAGGCCGCCUCCGGCUUCCCCUGGCAGCGUGGUGAAAGUCUCGCAAGAGAGGGGCUGCCUGCCUGCCCACCGCCACCUGUCUCCUCACAACGCGCCCCUGAGGGGGAAAAGGGAGAGACGGAGACGCUCGUGCGCGCGCUCUCGCGGCGGAGGACCCCGAGUCACUGCUUCCCUCCCGAGCCGGGCGAGCAUGAAACCUGGGAAAUUUAAGGGAUAUCAUCAAUCCGGGACAGCAGAGGGACACGGCGCUAGGAUAAGAGAGUUUCCCGCCAAAUAAGGGACGGUUGGCAGCUAUGCUGUGACAGCCGCUGGCAGAAGGAAUGGGAUGGAGAGAAAAGGAUGCACAUGGACCAGGCGGGAAGAAACUUUUGCAGUCUUGAGGGGCACAUUCCUUUCUAUGGGAGCUGCAUGCCAGUGGGAGACAGAAGAACAGUACCUUUGUUCUGUAGGCAACGUUGCAGCAGUGCAAAUAUUUUCCCUAUGCACACACAUCGUCAUCCAGGCCACAAAGAGGCGAUAUCAAUUAAAAGUGUAAAAGAGCAUUGGGAAAUAAUUUAUAAUGAAUUGGGGGGAAAAUAUUCAAAAGCACCUUUCCCCAAAAAACAGUCUUUUUUGUUGGGGAUAAUUCAAAUGGAAAUACCCAGGUGUCAAAAAAGGUUAUUUAUAUACGCCACUACGGUGGCCUGUCUUUUGUUAGCCCAAAAAUGGAGGACGGGCAAGGUCCCAACCAAAGAAGAAUGGCAACUUAAACUGUUGGAAUAUGUGCAGCUUGCCGAUCUAACUUAGAGAACAAGAGAACAAGAAGAACAUUCGUUUAAAGAAGAUUGGAAAAUAUUUAUUGAAUAUAUGGGGGAUAAUUGUGUACACUUGAAAACAUUGGCAGCGUUAAGAUAAAUUCAACAGGGUAAAUAAAUUUUGAUGGAAGAAACAAUGGAAUGCUGAAUGGCAGGAAUGGCCAACUUCCAAGAGACUGCAAUCUACUCACACAAUUAAAAACUGGCAGUUUUGGGAGGGUUCAGGUCAAAGCUGUUGAGCUUUUUUAGGGAGGGAAGCCCCAUUUGUGGGGGGGAUCAGGCUGAAGGAAUAGAUAGAAAAAGUUGCUCACCAAGAGAUCGCCUCACAGUGAGAGGUAUCCGUCUUCCGGUAUAGCGUUCUAGAGGGCGGGGCGAAGGGCCUGAUGGAGGACCCAGCAACCGAUCGCGAUCCAACAAAACCUCUCAGGGAUCGACCAGUAGAUCGCAGUUGACCUGUUAGAUAUCCCUGCUGAAUGGUUUAGUUUAUAUAAAAUAUGCAGGGAUUUAGUGCUAUGUAAAAUGAACCAUUUUAGGGCCACAGGUGGCUCUGUGGGUUAAACCACAUAGCCUAGGACUUGCCGAUCAGAAGGUCGGUGGUUUGAAUCCCCGUGACGGUGUGUGUGUGUGUGUGUUUGCGGGGAGUGGAGAGCUGAGAAACCCCUGGUUUGUGCAUGGCCUAAUGUCCAAAGAUAAGAGUCGUUGCUCCGCCCACUUUUUGCCUUCUGCCCCGCCCUCUAGUGGCAUGUGACCCCGGAAGCGUUGUCUACAAAGGGAUACAGCCCUGGGGCUGAUCUCCUUGGGCUGAAGCAGGGCCCCCACCCCUGAGAGGAGAGAAGGAGCAAGUAGGACAGGGAGGUUUGAAUUAAAACAGCUUCUCCUGAUGUGUUUUUUUCUGCCCUAGAGGAUCCAGGUGUUGGAGGGCGAGGCUCGGGAGAAGAAGGGAGCCAUGGAAGACCUCCGGGCUCUGCUGCAAGCAGAGAAGGCAGAAGCCUUGAAGAGGCUGCGAGAAGAGCUGGAGUUGGUGAGCGGGGAAGAAGCACCCCUUCAUGUACUCUGGGAUCCCCUUCCCCCAGAAACAAGAGUUGUAGCUUCAGGAUGUUAUAGGGAAAAACCUGCUCCUUUUCCCUUAUGGGGUAUCCAAGAGCCUGUACAGAGUCCUUAGGAGAAAAUAACAGAGGCCAACCAGAGUAUAUUGAGAAGCAAAGCAGCUAGUAAGCCUGAUCUUUAUUAAACUGUUGCAGCAGGGUCCCCACUCACCACACGCAGGAGGGAGGAGGAACCCAGAACAAUAGUGCACAAGCUGUUAUAUAGACUUUUGAAAUCGCCCACCCUGGUGCCCAAGACCACCUCCCUAAAACAUCCUACAUACAUCACAGAAGGAGGUUGUUCUACAGCAGAAAUGCUGUCUGCCAGGAUACCUGAUAAUGGCCGCUGAUUACAUUACCUGGGCAGCCUGGCCAUUCUUUUGUGAUGGUUAAUACUUUAGUUCUGGGGUCCCAGGUCCCAGGCUCAACCUAUUCAUACACAAAUAUGCCCUUAGGACAGGAUUUGUAAGCAAAAAUACAAUGGGGAGGCUUUUCCAUUUCCUUUCUCCUUGCAGACAAAUAUUUGAGGUCAAUUUCGAAGUGUCAAGCUGGCUUCAGGAUUGCUCCCCUGUACUAUUUCAGACACGUGGUUAAAUACUUAUGUAUGUGUUUGCCUUGUACAUUUAUGAACAUUUAUAUUUGGGACCUUAGAAUUCUUAUAACAGCAACAACAGUUUGGCUUUGCAGUUCCACCUCUCUCCUCCUCAAAACCUCACCUUAGCACAGCCCUGAAGUCCCACAACCUGCUAUGGAAGUGGGAAGCCUAAGGGGAAAGGAGAAUGCAGACCUGGGCUGAUGCCAGGUGUGGCCUGGGAAGCUGCCUUCUACUGAGUCAGACCAGUAGUUCAGUAUUCAGUAUCCAUCUAGUUCAGUAUUGCCUACACUGACUGGCAGCAGCUCUCCAGAAGUUUUGGGCAUGGAGUCUUUUUCCAGCCCUACCUGGAGAUGCCAUUGGAAAUGGAACCUGGGACCUUUUUAGCAUGCAAGGCAAGUGCUCUUCUACUGAACUAUACUGCCCUUAGCCUAAAAAUAAAUCAAGACUCUAGUCCUUAUGGUUCUUUUAAAAGAAGCAGUUGCAUUAAAUAGGAAGUUGGUCCAUCUAGUUCAGUGUUGUUGGCACUGACUGGCAGCAGCUCUCCCACGUUUCUGGCAGGGGACAUUCUCAGCCAUUGGGUACUGAAUCUGGGACCUUGUGUAAGACUGAAUCAGAUAAGUGCUGGAGAUGCAAAGAGGUGGAGGGAACGUUCUUCCAUAUGUGGUGGACUUGUAAAAAGGUAAAAGAGCACUGGGAAAUGAUCCAUAAUGAAUUGAAAAAAAAUGUUUAAAAGUACUUCCCCUCCAAAAAACAGAGUCCUUUUCAUUGGGGAUAAUUCAGACUGAAAUUCCCAGGUGUCAAAAAAGGUUGUUUAUGUAUGCCACGACUGCGGCUUGUGUUUUGUUAGCCCCAAAAUGGAAAAUGAGCGAGGUCCCAACCAAAGAAGAAUGGCAACUUAAGUUGACAGAAUAUGCGCAGCUCGCAGGCUUAACAUAUAGAAUAAGAGAACAAGAAGAACAUACGUUUAGAGAAGAUUGGAAAACGUUUGUGGAAUAUAUGGGAAAUAAUCUCGUACAGCUGAAAACGCUGGCAGCAUUAAGAUAAAUUCAACAGUGUAAAUAAGUUAUGAUGGGUGUAAUAAUGGAGUACUUAAUGGUAUAGUUUCUGUAAAACAUGCAGGGAUUCAAGAUAUGUAAAAUGAUCCAUGGAAAGAGAAGAAGGGAAGUCACUGAUAUCUGGAUGUCAGGGAACUGCCAUCAGUGCCGGAGGGAGACAGCAAGAUCCAGAGGGAUUCCAGAGAGCGUUCCAGGAUUGGGAGAGGCAGCCCAUCUUCUGGGGAAGAGAAUCAGCGUAGCACCAGUGGAGAAGGGGGGCAGACGGGGGAAGCGGCGAGGCGGUCCCAUGACUCCUUGCCGGGGACCAGCGGGGAGAGUAGGGGUCCUCCGUUGCCCACGCCCUCCUUGCGCAGAAGGCUUUUGUGCAGAGAGAGUAGGAGGAGACUAGGCGUCAAAGAGCUUCUUUGCUGGAAGAAGUUUAAGAAACGCCCACUGACGGAUUCUGCCAGCGAUUGAGACAGCCACGGGUGAGUGGCUGUCCGGACAGAAAAGGUUCACUCAGGCAACCCAGCAAGGUGUUUGCACCGGCUUACGCACGAGCAACCCCUAGAACCAUUACACUUAAGGAUGUAAAAAUGAGUACUUUAAAUGGUAAAACAGAAAAUUUAAUAAAACUUAUAUAUAUUAAAAUAAAGAACCUGGGACCUUUUAGCCUUUCCACACUGAUACCAUGUACACUGGUACCUUGGGUUAAGAACUUAAUUCGUUCCGGAGGUCCGUUCUUAACCUGAAACUGUUCUUAACCUGAAGCACCACUUUAGCUAAUGGGGCCUGCCGCUGCCGCUGCGCCGAUUUCUGUUCUCAUCCUGAAGCAAAGUUCUUAACCCGAAGUACUAUUUCUGGGUUAGCGGAGUCUGUAACCUGAAGCAUCUGUAACCUGAAGCGUAUGCAACCCAAGGUACCACUGUAAAUGUUAGCUGUGACAAACCUGGGGUGCAUCAGUGAUCUCUCAUCAAGGCAGCGUGGUUUCUGUCUCUCUCUCUGCCUAGGAAAAGGAAAAGUGGCGAAUGCAGUUGCAGCGGACGGAGGAAGAGCAGCGCCUCCUGCUGGCCGAGCAGCGCGAGACGUCCCAGGCACAGACUGCAAGGGCUGACGACUCUCUGGCCAGGGACGUUGCCUUAGCAUGCCAGAGACUCCGGGACCUGCUACCCCAAAAGGCUGGCCUGGCCCAGACACUGCAAGGGUACAAGUUGGAUCCUGUGGGGAGGAAGCCUGAAUGGCAUUGCUUUUGCAGAAACACGGAACUCUUCCUGGGUUGAAAUUAGUUCUUUAUAUUUUAUCUCGCCUCCACCAGCCCUAGCCACUUUCUAGCUUCCUGCCUUUCAUGGAUUCAUAGAAUGGCAGAGUUGGAAGGGACCCCUGAGGGGCAUCUAGUCCAACCCCCUGCAAUGAGGGAAUCUCAGCCCAUGGUUCCCCCAUCACCUCUGUCUUUGGUUGUUGUUUUUUUAGCUCUGCAACCUGAUUUCAGGGGGUGGGGAGGCUUUGCUUUUAUUUCUCCAAAAUAGCUUCACACCUUCCUGUUGUCUGCAUAUACAGUUUACAGGGUUUUUUGUUUUUUAAAAAAAUAAUUUGUAUUGUUUCUUACAAAUAUAACACAUACUACAACAAAGAAAAAAGAAACAAAAUCACAAAUCUAAACAAAAAAGAAAAUAAAAACAUAACAACAAACACCUAAACAACACAAAUUAAUUGGUUAAUUAAUCUCCUAACCUCAUAAACAUAUUUUUUACUUCCUCUGGCCCCUCCCAUCUGAAUUUCCUUGUAUUUGAAUGUAGCAGUUUUCUAAUAUCAUUAUUAACACACAAUAUUCCAUUUAAAAUCCAUUUUCUUAACUUUUCUUAAAGUUCUAGAUCUCAUUUAUUUAACUAAUUCCUAAUUUAAUCCUAGGCCUAUUUGGUACUUUCAAGUAAUUUCUAAUUUUUAAUAUUACAAUAUUUAUUCAAAUAGUCUUUACAUUUCUUCCACUCUUCUUGGUAUUCCUCUUCUUUCUGGUCGUGGAUUCUUCCAGUAAGGUCAGCCAACUCCAUAUAGUCCAUCAUUUUCAUCUGCCAUUCUUCCACAGUUGGUAAUUCUUGUGUUUUCCGUUUCUUGGCUACUAAAAUUCGAGCAGCAGUUGUGGCAUACAAAAAUAACUUUACAUCUUUCUUGGGUAAUUCAAAACCUAUUAUAUCCCAGUUUUACUUCUGGUCUUUUGGGUGUUUUAAAAAAAAAAGUUGUUUUUUUUAACUACAAUCCUCAUUGACUGGAAUGAGGGCAAACCUCAGGUCCAGGGGGCCAAAUCUGGUUUCGAAGUCCUUAAAAUAUUAUUUGUUGCUAUCAGAGAGUUGGGCAUCUUAUCUAUGGCCCAUGUUUAGCCUGCCCAUCCCCCCCCCCAAGGAGUUCAGGCACACAGUUUCCCCCCCACCCAACAUGUUAUCCUCACAACAACCCUGUGAGGCAGGCCGGGACAGUUGUGUUCUCUCUUUCAGCCAAUGGGCCACGCAGUGAUUUUCACAGCCAGCUGGGGAUGAGUCCAACAGCCCAGUUGCUAAACCAUGGGAGUACCUUGUUUUUCCCCACAGUCUCACAUUGGCCUGUGGCUUUGCAGCCUGUGGUGUAGUGGUUAAGAGCAAUAGACUCGUAAUCUGGGGAACCGGGUUCGCGUCUCCGCUCCUCCACAUGCAGCUGCUGGGUGACCUUGGGCCAGUCACACUUCUCUGAAGUCUCUCAGCCCCACUCGCCUCACAGAGUGUUUGUUGUGGGGGAGGAAGGGAAAGGAGAAUGUUAGUUGCUUUGAGACUCCUUCGGGUAGCGAUAAAGCGGGAUAUCAAAUCCAAAUCCAAACUCCUCUGUUCGUGCGUUGCAUUUACACGGAGGAAGGGAUUGUGUGAAUUUUUUGGGGGGGGGGGGUGACCUGCUAAGUGACUGCGCUUUCCCCCAAAGACCCUGGAAGUCCUGGCCGCUAUCUCAGGCUACCUCUCUUCACCCCCCAAGGAAGCCAGCGCUCCUCUCCUCCAGCCACGCCCUCCGGGCCUUGCAAGAGGUGACGGAGGAAACUCAGCACUACCUCCGAGAACUGAAGCACGAGGCAGAGGCGAAAAGGCACCAGGCCCUUCAGACCCAGAGGGAGAAGGUGAAUGGGGUUGAGCUGCCAUCUCUUGGCUGGGGGUGGGAUAUAACUAAGGCAGCCUGGGGGCCACUGAGCAAGGAGGGUGUGGGAUCAAACAGGUUUGCUCCAUUAAUGAUGGGAGAGAAAUUGGCUGCCGGCCAGAGCCCAGAACACCAGAGUGGAGUAUAUAGCCCCAGCUCAGUAGGAGGCAGCUUUUGAUACAUCUGUUCCAAGUGCAGUCCUCUAAUUGGCCAACUGCUGUGACUUUUCUGCCAUGUCAGGAACGGGAGCUGAGGCAGCAGCAGGAGAAGCUUCACCUGGAGAACCAGUCGGCUCUAGAUCAUCUGAAGGAGCAACUAGUCCAGGUGAGCAAAAACCGCCCCCCGCUCCCAAUAGCUCUGUGCAGCUGUGGCUGCCUUCCUCUGGAUUUAAACCGCUGUGUUUCAUGCAAUGUCAGAGGUAAAGGUAAAGGGACCCCUGACCAUUAGGUCCAGUCGUGGCCGACUCUGGGGUUGCGGCGCUCAUCUCGUUUUAUUGGCCGAGGAAGCCAGCAUACAGCUUCCAGGUCAUGUGGCCAGCAUGACUAUGCCGCUUCUGGCGAACCAGAGCAGCGCACGCAAACGCUGUUUACCUUCCCGCCGGAGCGGUACCUAUUUAUCUACUUGCACUUUUUGGCGUGCUUUCGAACUGCUAGGUUGGCAGGAGCAGGGACCGAGCAACGGGAGCUUACCCCGUCACGGGGAUUUGAACCGCCGACCUUCUGAUCAGAGGACCUGGGUUUAAAAGAGCACCUAUCCACAGCUGCACAUGUAAAGAAAAAUAAAUUUUCAUCAUACACAGAAUUUCUUAAAAUUAUAAAAUAGUCAGUGAAGUAAAGCUCUUCUAUAAUUCUAGAACUGGUGGGAGCAGGUUCCGUAGUUCUAACUAUGCACUGCUUGAAGAAAUAUUUUCUCUUUUCUACCUGGAACCUUCCAGCUUCAUUAGUGGCCCUGAGGCAGGGAUGGCCACCAUUUUGGAUGGCUUUAAAACAGGAUUAGGCAAAUUCAUGGAGAGGAUGGCUCCACGGUCAGAAGGAAAGGAGCAGGAGGGGAGAGGUGCUGUUGUUUGGUGGGGCUGAACACAUCCCUGUAAGCUGGUGGGACUCUCAUUCCAAAGGCUAGGAAGCCAUUCCCAGCUGUCAGGAGCCCAGUUCCUGUCCCAUUUGAUGGAACAUCAGCCAACCAUUCCGGACAAAGGUCAGCCACCAUCUGUGGCAGCAUGGAUUGAUGCUUGGUUGAUGCUUGGCGGUGAAAAUGUUUGCCAAGCCUGCAAGUUCUGCUGGGGAGUCAGACCAUUGGCAGCUCUCCAAGGUUUCAGGCAGGGGUCAUUCCAGAUCUUCUAGCACCCUUCUCCGUGAAAAGCUCUGCCACUGAGCCAGGGCAAUCCGGUUCCCCUUCAGGAGCACCUGGAAGACAUCGCCACCUUGCAGAGCAGCUGGGUGAAGGAGAUGGUGGGGAAGGAAGACGCAUCGCUGCGCCAGCAGCUGCAGAAGGACGGCGAGCAGCAAAGCCAGAGAAGUGUGGCCUCUGGGAAGGGCCGGACAUCCUGCCAACUGGCCAGUGAGUUUAAGGAGGAGCUGGAGGCGGAGGUGGAGAGGUGAGGACCCCAGGAGCUAUCGGAAAGUGCACAUCAAUUGGGAGAACAGGUUACACCAUGGUGAGAGGUUUUGCGGCUUUCUCUCUCCCCUUGCAGGUGCCUGUCCAGGGACAAGCCCAUGGAUUUUCACAGGAACCUGGAGGCAUCCGGUUCAGAAUUCAGACAGUUCUGCAUGGUAAAGGGGAAGGGGUGCUUGGGAGGCGUUUGGCAAAGGCCUGCCCCCUUUGGGCAAUGUGAGAGUUGGGACCCCUGCUCUGUGCACACUGAGCCACUGCCUCCAUGCACCCCUCUUGUCCAGCAAGGCUGCAGUCCAGUGCUAGAGCAUAUGGGAAGGGCUGUGGUUCAGUGGCAGAGCAUCUUCCUUGCAUGCAAAAGGUCCCCGGUUCAAUCCCAGGUAGGGCCGGGAGAGACUCCUUCUGAAAUCCUGCAGAGCUGCUGCCAGUCAGUGCAGAUGAUUCCAAUCUAGAUGGGCCACUGGUCUGACCUGGAUAUGAAGUCUGGGCAGCCAUCUUGGGGCGUGGUGGGCGGAGCCCAAGGCAAAAGUGGGCGGGGCAACACAUGAGUUUUUUUACCUUUGUAUGGUAGGUUAGUUUCCACUCUCUGCCCCCCACCCAAGGGACACAAUUGCAGAACAGACUCUAGCCAGACAAAAGCACUUGAGGGGGCUGUAUCCUUGGGGAGAGUCUGGCAGGCCAGAGUGAGCCCUGGAGGGCGUCACCCUGCCUGAUGUUUGUCUCCCCUAAUUGAUGACCUCAGUCCUUUCUGCUGCAUUUUACAGCUUUUCCUUCCUCUCUCCUACCUGCUUUCUGCAGGGCCGAAAUGAAUACCUGCACCCCGGCCCACUCUGUUCUCCGGCGCUGAAUGCAGACGCUUUCUCCAGCCAGCGCCUCUUCAGCACCCCAAGACUGCUGCAGCACCUGCAGAGACGAAUCCGAGAACUGAGGGCGGAGAAUGCCCUGUAUUGCAGAGGCAGCACAAGUAGCUAUGGCCAUUUGCGAGGAGAUCUCACCUGCAGAAGCAAGGUAAGAGCUUGUUUCAACUCUUGGGGGACAGGGGAGUAGAAAGGGCAAGGUCUUAAUUCCGCAGGAGCACUGGGGGGGGGGAACGACCCACUGAGAAUUAUUUGGCUUACUGAGAAGCUGUUUCAAUUUUUUAAGGCGAGUUUCUAGUCCAUAUGGGGGAGAAGAUAUGCUUGAAUGUGGCCUGUGGAGUACCGAGAAACUGAAGAUUUUGAAUGGCUGUCCAUAGCAUUUCACAAUGGCGAGCAAAACAAAAAUUAUGCAUUUAUUUAUAUUUUGCAGUCUGUUAUUUUACAUGUGUGUGCGUAGCAUAUUGCAUUUUCCUGUACAGUGGUACCUCUGGUUACGUACUUAAUUCGUUCCGGAGGUCCGUUCUUAACCUGAAACUGUUCUUAACCUGAAGCACCACUUUAGCUAAUGGGGCCUCCUGCUGCUGCCGCACCACCGUCGCACGAUUUCUGUUCUCAUCCUGAAGCAAAGUUCUUAAUCCGAGGUACUAUUUCUGGGUUAGCGGAAUCUGUAACCUGAAGCGUCUGCAACCUGAAGCAUAUGUAACCUGAGAUACCACUGUAUUUUCCACCAUUCCACCUCAUUGACUGGCCCUGAAUUCUAGCAAUAUGAGUUUUCUGCCUGAUCCACUUUCUCCACAAUCGCAUCAUCUUACAUAUCCUGUAUCCCACGCCCCUUCCUGCAUUUCAGAGGCACCUGACAUCAGAGCUCUCCUCCUCUCAGUUGCACAGGAAGAGCAGCUGGAAGUAGAACAGUCCGAGUGGGACAGAUGAGGCGUCACAACAGCGAGGAAAUCGGAAAAGCUUCACCCAGUAAUGGUGCUUUGUGCGGAGUACAGCAGAGGAAGGAAUAACCAUGACCGGAAGAGCAGAUUUUGAAGCUGCUGGUUUGAGGACAUCACAAGAGCUCUGAAGCUGGAGGUCCAACUCGCCCAGCUUCCUGUUCUCACAUUGGGCAACUAGAUGUCUCUGGUGGCCAAUUAGAUGUCUCUGGGAAGCCUGAAAGCUGGACCUGAGAUACUAGUCUCUUGCAGCAAAGAAUCAUGUAGCACCUUAAAGACUAACACAUGUAUUCUGGCAUAAGCUUUCAUCGGCUAUAGACUGCUCCGCAAACACAUGUGCCAUCUACAAGUAGGAAAUUCAUUUUUAUAAUACUAAACAGAGAGCCAGUGUGGUAUAGUGGUUAGUGUCAGACCUGGGAGAACCAGGGUUCUAAAUCCCUGCUCAGCCAUUAAUCUCCCUGCCCAUCACUGACUUUCAGCCUAACCUACCUCACAGGGUUGUUGUGAGGAAAAAUGGAGGGGGGUCAAAGCGUUCAUGCCACAUUGAGCUCCUUCGAAGAAAGGUGGGAUAUAAAUGUAACACAUAAAAUGAUGCGAUGGGGAACUUUUUUUAAAAAAAACUAAAAGUGCUGAGUUUGGGCAGCUGUUUGCGGCUAAUCUGGUCAGUUGUGUGAUUAUGGCUAUAAUUGUGCUAUAAUGGCAACCAAGGAUGGCAAAGGGUCCCUAAGAGAUUCCUAGCAAGUGGUGAUAAAUUUGUCAGAAUAAGCCUUUAGCUUUAAAAAAUAAUAGUAGGAUUUCUAAUCAAACUUUUGAAAUGGAAGUAAAAGGAGUUCAAAUUGAUGAUGCUGAACGAGAACUAGACAGUAAGAACUGUUGGAUAGUGGAAUGGUAUCCCUCAAAAGGUGAUGGAAUCUCCUUCAUUGGAGGUUUUUAGCAGAGAUUGGGGGGGGGGCACCUGUCAGGGAUUUUCUUUAGCUGCAAUUCCUGCAUAGCAGGGGGUUGGACUAGAUGACCCUUGGGGUCCCUUCCAAUGCUCCAGUUCUGAUAAAGGUCUGGAGAUGUCAAAACAAGAAUCAUCCCCAAGUCAUGUGCUUCCCUAUAAUGCAGGGAUAGGGAACCCUUUUCUUCCCCAGUCUGAGUUUUAGUCACAGUGAGAUAAGCAGUGUGUGUUGUUGCAUUUUAUUUCUGGCUUUGCCAACCUGGUGUGCUUUGGAUGUUUCGGACUACAACUCCCAUAAGCCCCAGCCAGCGCACACACCAGGUACAUGCUUACUUUACGAAGUCAGAAAUGUAGUGCAAGACUACUUUAAAGGUUACUAUUAUUUUAAUGCGUCAUGGGUUUUUUUUAAAAAAAAAAAGUUCACAAGGCUUCAAUAAAAUGUAGACUUUAUUAUACAUAUCAAACCAUAACACACAAAAUUACCCUCAACUUGUAAGAAAAGUAGCCGUGCCGUCCUAUAAAUAGUUUUGUACAGCCAGAUAUUUCUGAAGUCCUUUUAUACACACUUCUUUCUUCAGUGUACAACUGAGUUCAGAGGUUCUGCUCGGAUAUUCCCCAAGUCAAGGGCUGAAUCCGUCUCUUCAUCAAUUUCUCCAAUUACAGCC